AUGAAAUUAAAUUCAUUAGCAGUGCUGUGUCUGGCACUUCUUUUGUGUCAUACUCAUUUUUCAUUGGCUAAGAAAGGAGGAGGCGGCGGCUUUGGGAGAAGCUCAGGCGGCUCAAAGAAAACCUCCACGUCCAGCCGAGGCAGCACCAGCUGGAAUUCAGUCAGCAGAAAUAAUCAGGGCUCCAGCUCUCAGGGGGGAUACCCCAGACAGCCUGAUCAGAGAGGCCACCAACCGCAACCAGACAGACCAGGGCGGCACCCGAAUCAAGGAGGCUACCCAAACCAAGGGGGUUACCCUAAUCACGGAGGAUACCCUCAGCAACCAGGCAGAUCUGGCUAUCCAGGAGGUUACCCCCAGCAGCCAGGUGGAGGCAACCGUUACCAGUAUCCAGCACCGGGCUCACCAUACGGAGGAGGUUAUGGUGGUCAUGGUGAUUUCGGCGGUCAGGGUAGUUAUGGUGGUUUUCCUGGUGGAUACAUCAACCACAACCCAAACAACAAAGUCCUGAGCCCUCGCUAUGGUGGCAGCUUUGGAUAUGGGGGCCAUGGUUACGGCGGCUCUCCAUUUUCCCGAUCAGUUCAAGGUAUGGGCAUGUAUCCCUCUGAUAAAUCCAGAGGGUUUGGACGCAGCGCAGUAAUGGCAGCAGCUGGAGGGGCUGUGGGCGGGAUGGCUGUGGGCUACGGACUAGGUAGAUUCCCACGUCCUCCCUUCCACUUCCGCAACCCCCAAGAGGAGCAUCACUACAACCACUACAUGUACAAGAGAUAUGGUACCAAAUCCACCGAUACUAAUGACUACAGCAGAGACUAUACGUACAUCGCAGUCCCUCAAACCUAUGAUAACUACAUGGACUCCUGCAUGAAAAGAACAGACCUUCUGCCUAAGCCAAAAAACAAAGCACCUGCCAAACCUGCAGCACCUGCCACACGUACAACAACUGUGGUCGUCUCAGCUCCAGACACCAACACAAGUAGUGACACAACAGAGAACAACAGCACUGCCGCAGAUAACUCCUCAACCUCUGCACCUUCAGCUCCCCGCAGUCUAAAUCCACCUGUAGCCACUGCUGGGCCUGCAGCUUUACGGGCUGACAGCAGUGCGGAAGACGAUGAUACGGUCAACAUCGUGGAGAUCGGCUACCCGGCACUGAUUGAGCAGAUGAAGGCCAGGAUAUGUGUAGAGCGGUACAUGGCCUUCUCUUCAGACUACUUGAAGAGGGUGGACAGUGGGGUGCGGGGACUGGAGAUGGGUUCACAAGGGCUUUUAGCCGUGCUCACUGGUACUAUACUGAUGCUACUGAAUAGCAACAUGCUAAUGCUGCUGCACUGAGGCCUUAACUAUCAUUGAAAGUCAGGGAGAAAGUGUUAAACCUCUAUAACUCUGCUGCACCAGUCACUGGCUCCUGUGUUUGAGCUUCAUGUUACUCAAAUUAAUUGAAACUAAUUUUAAAUUCAAUUGGAGAUCCCAAACUUUCCAAAGCUAUUUCAAGCAACAUGAGAAAUUGUGAAUUUCCACCAAAAUGCUGGUGAAUAAUAUACACAAAGGCGCCAUCUAUGGGUGGGGCAUUGGGUUUUUACCACACCAAAGUUAAAGAUAGACCCCUUCCCAAAUCCUGCAACACCACUGAUAAUAUUUGGAAGCCAAAUGCAGUGUUCUGAGCAGUAGCAUAGCCAGAAAUAUUAAUUUAGGCGGGCCUAAGUUCAAGUGAUAUGCAGAUCAACCUGAAGCAGUUUUUACUCUUUAUUUUCAGGUGUCAUUUAAGCACAGUGAUACGGUAAGGACCCAGGCACUUCUAUGGAGGGAUUCCUACACUGAAUUAAUACUGCACAUAUAAACACAAACAUGUCUAGUCAGUUCAGUGUUGCUACAAAUAAGAUAUAAGCAGAAUAAAAUAUUUUUUCACAGACAAAUUUAGGUGCGUAUCCGCAAACUCCACAGGUAGGCCAAACAAGUAAUUAAUAAUGACUUAAAAUUAACUAGUGCCCACGCGCCCCGUUUAUGAAUGAUGCAAAGGUGUCUAACAUCAAACCUGAACAGUUUUGGUGUGAGCCAAACCUGUACAAGUCCAAAUUUAUUGAAAAGAUAUGGAUGAAAUAAUUUUCAAAAUUCACGAUAUCUUUAUCUAACAAAAAAAAAAUCAGCUUUAAGCUGUAUUAAAACUAAAAUUAACCCUUAAAAAAAAGAAAAAGAAAACAGCAAUAUUUUCAGUCCGGUCUCUAAGUUUAUUACUCUCGCUGUGCACAAAGGAAAGACGGGAC